AUGGGUCUCGAUAAAGAGGAGUCAGUGUCUGUUCACAGGGAGCCUUUGGAAACAACACCAGCCAAUUCCUCUGAUAUCAAAGAGAGGGUGCCCCCAAACGAGUCGGAGACCACAAGGAGCUCUCAACCUUCAGGUCAUAGGAAGCGCUCAAGUCGCAAGCACAGUUCUGCUUCAAAGGCGCGCAUGACAGAGUCAGAUAGCGAAAUUCUGGACAGCGUGCUCUCCGUCUUGGAAACGACGCUUAGCCAGUCAAACACUGAUGCACAGGUACUCUCUAGACGGCACGUCAAGCGAUCUGCGUCAGCCAUGUCAUCGGCAAUGCUCCAGUCUGGAGGAUACUUUGUUGACGAGCACGGGGAUCUGCAGCAGGGUACAUCGCGUGCUGCCAGCUCCAGUCGCCCCCGCUCAUACUCUGCUUCGCGAGCUGGGUGCUGCGAUAGUGGCAUAGCAGAUCACCUUCGGUUAUCUGUACUUCCAGAGGAAGGACACAGGAAACAUAAACAUGAUUCACUGGUUCCUUCAGUGGCUUUUAAAGCUCCAACUCAACCUCCCAAAUUUACGAAUUUCCUCCGUGCACACCACGCCGUUCCGUUCGAUAUGCAUGCGUGCAAGAUAAGCCAGUCACGUACUGCAAGACCAGGGCCCAUUGCCACGGGAGGAAUAGCCUCUCCGGCAGACAUCAAGCAGCUUCUCUCUCGAGAAAGCCUUCAGGAAAUUAAGCUCAAGAAUGACGCUGCUCAGCGGUCGGUUUUAUCUGUUUCUGCAGAGCACACGCACAUUCCAGAGAGGUCCAGCUCUUCUCGUCAUGCAACACGACCCACAGUCAAAGAGUUCAAUACGCAGUCUGUGCGUGCAGUGAAACCCGUCCCUCUUGCACAAAUUUGCAAUAGGCCUGUGAAGGCCACAGACUCUACUCUUCGAUCAGCAAGCACUUCUUCUUUUCUGACCCAGCAGUCUGGCUCGUCGUCGUCUCUUCACGAGCAACAAUCAUUUACGACUGAAGAAACAGCUAUACUGCAUUCCAAUCAAACAGUGCAACUGCCUAAACAACCACACUCUGGAAAGCUAGUCUUCAAGGGCCUGAAGCUCCUGAAGCCUGCUAAAGCGACUGAGAGUGGCCCCCAGAUGCAUGUACAGCAAGCAGAAUUUAGUGAGCAUAGCGCUAGAAUAAGUAGAGCAGAUACUACAGAUAUUGCAGGAAUGGAGAGCUUCUCAGAGUCGUCGUUUGUGGACGCAGACAUCAUCCAGGUACCAGUACCUCCUCCACGCAAAAGCGCUGAGGCAAUUGAUCCGGCCACAGCGGAAAGCAACACAUUAAAGGCAGAAGAUUGUGAACGAGCCGAAGCAUAUCUAUCAAAUUCAAACUUGAUCACUUUCUCUCACUCCCAAAAGCCUGCCAAGAGUGAUGUCGUCGAAAGCGGCUCUGCUCAGUUUCAGGUGCUUGCAAAGGAGGUAGGUGUGGAAGGCGCUUUCGAUCUUUUGCGUAAGGAAUUUAUUACACUAGGCGUUCGGCUGGCACAACUGGCCAAUAGGAGAUCCUAUGUUGAGUCUGCUCUAAAUAACUACGAAAGCUUUACGUCUGAUGGCAACGCGGAUCAUUCUUAUCUAACGGCAGAGAUAGAGGAGACUCAGCGCAAGCUUGAUGCAAUUGAAGAUGAAAUGACUCAGAUAUUGGCAAGGCGGGCAGAUCUUCGACAGCACUUUGCAGACGCUGGAGUUAACAUCCAAACAGAGGUGAUCAGCGAAAGACAAGCUCGGAAGGCUAAAAUUGAUCAAGCAUUGCUUUUAGAGUUGAACCCCCUUGAGGCGGCUCAGUCGGUCAAGGGGAAUUCCUGUGCAGAAACCCUAAAUACUACCUGGCUCACUGGCAAUCAAGCAGCUAGUAUAGCUGAUUCAUGCGAUCAUAGUAUAUUCAUGUGUGAUGAGUCCUUGCGUACGAGCCUGCAAGGUACCAGCAAGCCUAACGUUCCACGUCCACAACUUCCCAUGAAUCUGUCUAUCUCUGUAAAAGAUAUGGCAGUGGGGGCAAGCAUGCAGGUAGCGCUUGAUGACUCAGCAGUCAUGGGUGCUCGUGUGGCUCAAGAGGAUCAACCCUCGAACAGUACUGAAGUUGGUCUACAAGUAGCUGAAUCUGUUACUGUGCAGCGGGUAUCAGCAAGUGAUACUAUAGAUCAUAUUUCGCGAAUUAUCAGUCCUCAAUAUGUGGACACGGAAAGACGCAACAUGUCAAGGCUUAUGGCGGUGCUAUUGACAGCAUUUGAAAACCCUAGUGAUGCGUCUGUAUAUGCAGAAGAAAACAUCCUCAAGUAUAGCACUGCCAUCAGCAAUCUAGGCUCAUCUAAUAGCGAUGCAAGUAUGAAGGCUGCAUUGCCCGCGCUGAUCAGGCCCUAUUCUGAUGUGAUUGUGCUCCUUAUGGAGGGCUUAUCGUCCUUUUUACAUACAGGAAGAUCGACAGCCCUCAUACGCGCGGUUGUAGCGUCUAGAAAACAUCCCGGAUGGAUGUGCUCUCCCGUGCUCAAGGUGUUAGCAUCCGUGUUAGAAAUCUUGUCCUUACAUGUUGCAACGUGUGAUACUACAGCUGGUUGCCUGGAUAAUCACUAUUUCCGUACAGUCCACAGUGGAGGUGCAUGGAUUGUUUCGGAGUUAAUAGUAUUUCUGCGGUGUUCUCUGCAAAGCAUGAACGUUAUAUCAGUAGAUGAUGCGCACCAGAUAAUGACGGCUAUAUUAACCUUUUCCUCGUGCGUAUCGUCAGAGGUAUCCCAGCGGUGGCGUAAGGAGCUACACGCGAUUGUCUCCGCUGAGCCACAAUUACAACGAUACAGAGACCUCCAGGAAGCUUUGCCACGUGGUAAAGAAAGCAGUGACGGAGUUGCAAUCGAACAGAGAUGA